UUACGUUUUCUGUGUAAAUUCUGCAAAAUUUAACUCAAGUCGGCGGCAGGUAGGCGGUGUUUCGUCAUUUCCGUUUAUUGCCUGUGCGUCAGUUCCUGUGUGAACCGGGUGACAAUUACCGGCUCGGCGACUUCGGAGUGGGGACGUAUCGGGAUUUCGGAGGGACGAUAGAUCGAUCAGCCAUCAUGUCUUCAAGUGAUGUGAGUUUGCUGCCAACACUUGGCCAAGAGGAUGACCAAACCUCUAAACUUAUUCGAAAAUCCAAAGAGUCCCCUUUUGUUCCUAUUGGUAUUGCUGGUUUUGCAUCAGUGGUGGCCUAUGGACUCUUCAAACUGAAGGCUCGGGGGAACAAAAAAAUGUCGGUGCAUCUAAUCCACAUGCGUGUGGCAGCCCAAGGAUGUGUGGUGGGAGCAAUGACUUUGGGAGUUCUUUACUCGAUGUUCAAAGAACAUUUUGCGAAACCCAGAGAAGAGAAGAAUGCUUUCCUUCACAAAUGAAUCAGUACCUCUAAAAAAAAUUUAAGGCUUUUAAGUAUACCUCAAACUGAGGAGGUUAGAAUUUUUCUCGUUUGAAAUAUCUGAAGAAUACUUGAUUUGUUCUGAAAGUAUACUGAUCUUGCUACCUACAAAUGUUAGGUAAUUUUCCUUGAGGUGAUUAUUGCCACAUGUAGUAAAAAUCAUAAUUUCACCAAACAUUGAGAUUUACAAUCAAACUAAAGUUUUUUAAUAUGUCCCCUACAACACUUAGACUUGAGAUGCUUUUGUUAAAGGAACUGAUUAAUUUGUUGGUUGGCAAGAUAUGAUUGGACCUUAAAGUUUAUGGCUACAGGCUGGGCUUCCAUCUUGGCUCGAAGUUGCUAUCUGGGCAGCUAACCCUAUUUUUAACUGAUUAUAAUGAUCUGCACUUCAGAUCACAUUACUUGUUUCCUAUUUGGAUUCUGUUGAAGAUGUUUGCUUGUUGUGGAAUGAGAUUGUUGAAUAUUAAGGAGGUAGGAGAAUAUAACCAGAGCCACCUUUGAACUUCAGUAUUAUUUUUUUUCAAUUACUUCCCUUGCAACAUUAAGAUUAUGAGAAAAACUUGCUGCAAAGCUCUGGUAUUGUGAGCUGAGAUUGUAACAACAGUUAGAUUUGGUUUUAUUAUAAGCUGCUGUUCCUCCAACAUAACUUGAAGAUGCCCCUUUCUAAUUCUGGUGUUUUAACUUCAGAGCAUCCUGCUUAUUCAUGUUGCUGGUUGGGCUUCUGCUCUCCUCAUACAUAACUAUCAUAUUGCAUUCUAGUACACUAGUUAGAGGGCUGGUGAUCUUGUGCCGUUUAAGAACAGGCACUACAUUAUCCACAUAUUUUACAUUGAAAUAACAGAUUUCAUAUCUCAGCAUUUGCAAAAUUGCUGAAAAUUACUAGUUGUUUGUGUCAGUAAUUAUAAAGGCAAGUUGGGUUAAUGAUGAAGGAAAUUACAUGAAACUUUUUACAUUAAUUUCAAUCAUGUAUUUCUGCAUUUGACUGUUACGCUUAAAUUCUUGUUGAGUGUUAUCUCCAUGAUUUGUUUUUAUUUACACAUCUCUUUUUGGAAAAUUCUAAUCUCCAGGGUACUCUAAAUUCUGUGGUUCUACUGAUUUUCCAUGAAGGCCAAUGACACUUUGAAUUGUACAAGUCUUGAAUGGGAAACAGUACCAGAACUGUCCUUUCACUUCUGCAUGGAAGCACUACUUUGAUCUGAGAAACAUUGUAACAUUGCACCAUCAACUGUGGGGGAAAUCUGUUGUGCCUAGAUUAAACUUGUGUACUAAGUACUUGAAUAUCAUAAAAGUACAAGAGAUUGGCUUUAGUGUAAAGAGUAUUAAAGCAGUGGUUACCUCAGAAUUAAAAAGCUUCUGUCUAAAAUAUGAACACACGGUUGUGGUGGUACUACAUUCACAUUAUAAGUUUGAGUGUGACUUGGUUAUCUCAUUGUAAAUUAAAAAUGAUUUGUAGAUUUAUUGCUGCAGAAAUCUUGUUAAAAUAACCUCAAUGCUUUAUUUAUUCAUUAUAAAAUCACUUGUGAAAAUAGUUGAAACAAAUAUAAAGGAACUAAAGUGCCUCUUACUGUCUUUGCAAUCUUUUUAUAUAUUAAAUAAAGAAAAUAAAUUGAA